GCAGACCUUAGGCUGUAAGCUGGUGCCUGUUUUCAGAGACUGAGACAAAGCUUUCAGCCCAGACAUGUCGAGAGCACACAGCCUGGAAUCGAGGGGGAUGACAGCUGAAGGGAAAUUCGCUCAGAUUAACCAUUUCCCAUUCACUCCUGAAUUUACCAAUAUGCUUACAAAAAGCAGUCCAUGUUUUGGUGCCUUGAGUCACCACUCAUUCUUCUCCCGGCACAACCCUCAUCCACACAGGAUGAGACAUAUUCAAGGAUUCACAGGCAGACCAAUUUGCAUGGUAAGAGAUGAUUGGUGUGUCACGUCGUCGUUAUUUCCUCAUCCACUUCUCAAGAGCCACAUAAACAGGAAAGCAGCAGAGCCAGCUUUUCAGCUUGCUCAAAAUCUUUAUGGAGUCUGCGGAGACAAAACUAAAUCAGCACUAUUGUCAGAUGCCUGGAGAGAUGAACUCAAAGAAAUGGCUGCAAAAAUCAGUCUAACUUCCCAAACACAAAAGAACAAAAGAGAGGAACAACCAGAGGAAAAGUUUGUCCGACGAAAGACUCAAUAUUCAGCUCAGACUGGCAGACUUAUUCCUCCAUCCUCCAAGUCCUACCUGUGCAAAUCUCAAUACCAGCGCAUGAGCCAUCCUCAACCCUUCCAUGAUCAAGAACUUAUGGUUUUGGAGAUACUUUGUCAGAUCCUGCAGACAGACUCUCUCUCCACAGUGCAGCAGUGGCUUCUUCUUUCAGGCCAAAGAGAAAAAGAUCUGGUGAUGGGGAUGAUCAGACAAGCUCUGGACGGUGUCGACCUCUCUGUCCAUAACCAGCGGAACUUCCAGCAGCUACAGCCGUUUCAUCCAGGAGCGUCUCCGUCUGUGUAUGCAGCAUCAUUUGAGAAGCCAUGGGGAAAACCACACAGGAGGAGUUCACACCAAGUCAAUCAAACUGCCAUUGAUGAAAAACCAGAGCGGAUUGGUGAUGCAGAAGUCCUGGCAGUCCAUUCAGAGGCCGAAAGUGUUCAGGUUCCUUCACUUCAGGAGGGGGAUAAUGCAUAGAGCUCAAUAAUCUUCCUAGAAACUAGCUAUAUUGUAUUAUUUCUGUGCUAUGAGAAAUGUAGCCUAAUACCUAGUUAGCUUAUCUUUAUUUUCAUUUGUUAAUCAAUAGGAUUAUAUGCUGUAGAUGUGAUUGUGCAGUGUAAUAAUUGUGGAUACUGUUAGAUAAUUGCUUAUUAGCUUUCAAAGGUAUCAUGGUUAGAAACUGAUUGAAGCAACAUUUAAUAAAUAAUAUAUAUAUAAAUUUA